AUGCGUGUGCUCGGCGCAAAGAAUCUUCAAGAAUUUCACAUCGCGUUCCGCCCCACUUCAGGAAGUUCCGCAAGCUUUCUUGUCGGUUCGGCACGAAGGAAGAAGAAACUUGGCCAUUGGCCCAUAUUGAACAUAGUGCAAGCAGACAAUAUCAGACACUGCACGGCUGGCCCCGUGCGGCGACCUCUAGACUCUAUAGCCGAAUGUUGGCAUCAAUGGCGCUCUCCUGAGACCCGCCGCAGAGAGGGUGCCCUUGACCACAUGGCAGCCGAGCUGGCUGAGCCUGGCAACGAGGACGGGGAGGCGAAGCCAAAGCCGGAUGUGGAAAAAGUGGAAGACAACCCGAAUUCCAAAGAAGAUCUGAAGCUGGUUGCCUUGGAUGUGGUCAAGGAAGCACCAAAGAAAGAAGAGGUCGAAAGAGAACUGGCAGUCGUGCCGCACAAGGAGGCUGCAAGCCGAGCGGGCGCCAACCGGAACAGCCUGGUGCCCCUCUUCGUCGAGGAGAGAGGCCAUGGUAAAGACGGUGAGCUGCUCCGCGACUUCAUCCUUCGCAGGGUGCAUCUCAAGCAGGACUUUCGUGAUACAGCUCUGAAGCGCUGGUUAAUUCGCGAAGACUUCUUCGACGAGUUCUUUCCGGAGUACGUCAAGCAGUAUGGCGUGCCAGGCUCCAGCCAGAGUGAGGCUGAGUCGGAGAGAAUGGAGCAGCUCGCAGAGGAGUGUAAGGAUAUCUUGGUACCCUCAACGCACCCGAGGAAGAAGGUAACUGACCUGGAAGCGGUGGCGACUUCCACGGAUGUUUACCAGCUUCGUGAUACGCUGCUAGUUGCCGUGAAGGACCUGACAACUCCGCGGAGGUUCUUAGGACUGGCGUCAAACAGUCUCAUGUCAGACAAAGCCAAGGAGACCCUGGCCCUGGCUGAGCAGCGGCGGCUGCGCAAAGUCGUGUUCCAGUGCCUGAAGGGCAUCUGGGAGUCUGGCGUAGGAGGGGAGGUCUUGAAGAUGGCCAUGGAUGCAGUCAGAUCUCGGAUCGAGAGGUUCAAGUCCAAAGCAGGGGAAUCCAGCGACGUCAUCCAGGCCAUGGCAGGCCAGGAGUGGGCCCAACUGGAGGACUUGGUCCAGACCAUAGAUGAGCAGGCAGGAGGACACCGAGGGCCUUUGGGUCCUGUGGAGGGCCGACGUACAAAGAUUGUCAUCGAUCGUGCAUUAGACGCCUUGGGCGGCCAGGGCACCCUGCGCGAGGUGAUCGAGUGGAUCGAGAAGAAUCCGAAGGAGCUGGAAGAGCUCCGAGAAGCAAAACUGAAUCGGAACAUACGAGACGGACGGCGGAAACCUGUGUGGCAUUCGACCGUUGGUUCGACAAUCGCCACCUUUCGUAAAGUUCCCCGAGCUGGCCCGCCAACGCGGUACCUGAGCUCCAAAGCACCUGAGCCAGAGGAGCCGAUGGCUAUUCAGGAUGCACCUGCGGCGAAAACGAGGUCCAAGCGCGCUGCGAAGAAACAGCUUGCGGAGGGCGGCGAUGACUCUGCUGGCCAAAGUGCUCCGAAGCCCAAGAGGAUUCGAAAGGUCAAAGCUCAAGCUGCCCCAGCAGAAUCAUCCGAGGCGCCCAAGGAUACGGUCCCGCUGAGGCCCGGGCAAGCUGAGGAUCCAAGCGCGUAG